AUGCCGGCCGAACCAAGAUUGGCCCGGAAAGAGAGGCGGAAGUACCAUCACAAAUCGCGGAAUGGCUGUGCCCAAUGCAAACAGCGCCAUAUCAAGUGCGAUGAGGCUAAGCCUCGCUGUGGGAACUGCAUUCAAGCAGACCGCAUUUGUAGCUUCCUUGGGAUGAUGCCAGCUGUGCCAUCGCCAGGAUCACAGAGUGCCUCUACUCCUGUUUCAGCCCAGAUAUCGCCACUACCUGUUACCCCAUCACCGACAGCUAUCUCAGAUUUUAGCAAGUAUUCGCAAUCAUCAGAAUUUAGUCUCAUGGAUCUCGCGAUGCUCCAUAACUUUACUUACCAGACAAGUCGAACGCUGUCCCUACGUCCAAAGACCCAGGAGCUGUGGGCGACGACAGUGGUGGAGAUGGCCUUCCAUCAUCGCUUCCUACUGCAUGGUCUGUUUGCUGUCUCGGCAUUGCAGGCGGCCCACGCUGGGUCCGAUAAUCCGAGACAACUAGUUGAUUAUGCAUCUGAGCAUCAAACCAUUUCUCUCAGGUUAUAUCAACUAGCGAUUCCAAAUGCGGAUGAAGAUCAGUACGACGCAGUCUUUGCUUUAUCUAUAUUAAUUUUCAUCUACGCGAUUGCCAUGACCGGGGAUGAAUACGGCGAGACUGGCAUGUUGGACUGGAAAUGGAUUCGAUUGGCUCGGGGAAUACGCGAUGUCAGUGAUGGUCGUUUUGAAAAAAUAAAAAGAGGACCGAUGUCUCUUCUCAUAUUUGAAGAAGAUCAUAAAAGGACGAGGGCAUCGGAGGAAAACAUAGACAACCCACCUUCCAAUCAGCAGCUACCAUCGUCAAUGUCCCACAGUCUACCAUUUCUGGGGGAAUUAUGGCAGGGUGAAACACCCCUUUUCGACCUGACCGAGACUGAUCGGAAAACCUUCGACGAGUCAUUCUCGUUCCUCCGACAUACGUAUUCCACAACUGCGAUGCAAAGAUACAAAAUGAUGACCGAGAACAAUGCGCUUUCCGAAUCGGAAUACGCAGAUGCACACGAUCUGCUAGUAGCCGAAGCCUUCUUCUGGGUUUUCAAUGUGUCCGAACGAUAUAUUGAAUUACUAGAACAGCAUCACCCGAUUGCGCUUAUCUUGUUUGCACAUUAUGCUAUCCUCUUCGGAGACAUAUGCCAAGCGUGGUUCUCAGAACGCAGUUCCCAGUCGAUGGUGUCUAGGAUAUGGGCUGUUCUAGAUAAAAAGCUACGCAAAUGGAUUGAAGGCCCAGUGGCAGCAUUGCAAAACAGAAAGAAUUCAAUACCAUAUAAAUAA